AUGUCCGUGCCGGCGGGCGCCGAGCCCCGCACCAGCGGCUGUUCCCGCAGCAGCGCCAGCCCCCCCGGCCCCCUCCAGCAGCCGGACCGCUUCUGCGGCUACGGGAAGCCGGAGCCUCACCCGCGGUACCGCACCACGAACCAGACGUACGGCAGCAGGGCCCCCACGGUGCACGAGGUGCCGACCUCCUUCCACGUCACCUCCCACAGCUUUACGAGGAUCCAAGGCAUGGGGGGCCCAUACAGGAACAGCGGGCUCAACACGGCCCUGGAGAAGAGCCACGUCACAGGCCCGGGCAACUUCAUCACCACCCAUGAGCACCUCGACUUCCACCCCAGCUACAAGCCCAAUGGCCCAUCCCACUGUUAGAGCUGCAGUGGGAGCAACAGGGUCACUGCUGGCUAAAUACCCCCCCCAAAGCCCCCUGAGCAAACAGCACUGACCUGCCCCUCAACCUCUUGCUAAGCCUCUUUGCAAGCCUGACAAGAAGCGCUGCACUGCAGAGUAAUUCACAUGCUC